CAAGACCACCCUUUCGGGGUUACAAGAGGUCACCACCGCGGUGCAUUGUGGGAAGGACUCCUGAGGUAGAACGCAAUCCCGUGUCUGUGGUGUCAGCACCUGUGUGAGCACUCAAGUAACGCCAAAACAGCAUUUUGGGGGGCUUCAUUGAAACAGAAGUUUGAGUUAUGGCACAAGGAACAUCGACCGCCCCACAAGUACAUGCCUCUACCCAGAAUGCCUUAGAACCCUUCUUGAUCUUGGCCAAAGGUGCGAAGGGGUCGGCAGCAGUAGCUCUCAUACAGCAGGUUACUGAGGCACCUUCUGUCUACGUGUUCGGAGAUCUUCUGGAUCUCCCCAAUAUACAAGAGCUUUCAGAUGGCGCCAAUGCAAAAUGGUGGAACCUCCUGAAUUUGUUUGCCUAUGGUACAUAUGCAGACUACAAAGCAAAUACAGACAACUUUCCUGAGCUCAGUGCAGCCCAGGUGAAGAAACUGAAGCACUUGACUGUGGUCUCACUAGCUGCUAAGUGCAAGUGCAUUCCAUAUUCAACUCUUCUGCAAGAACUUGAUAUGAAGAACCUGAGAGAACUAGAGGAUCUAAUCAUAGAGACAGUUUAUGCUGACAUUAUUGGUGGCAAGCUAGACCAGAAGAACCAACAGCUAGAAGUGGACUAUGCCAUCGGUAGGGACAUCAGACCAGAGGCAAUAGAGGAGAUUGUCAACACAUUACAGGAAUGGUGUAAUGGCUGUGAACAGGUGUUGGCAGGGAUAGAGACCCAGAUCAGCAGGGCUAACGGCUACAAGGAGCAGCAGAUCAAAAACAAGCAGCAGAUAGAAGCAGAGGUAGCUAACCUGAAGAAGACAAUAAAAGCAUCUCAAGAUGUGGAUCAGCACAUGCAGGCCGACAGCCAGGAGCCAACUCACGCUCCUCAGGAGAAACCUGCACGCAAGUCCUCCAAAGUCAAGGGGCUACGCGGGAGUGGAGGAAAGUUUUGGCAGAAGUCAAACUGAACAGCUACCAUCAGGUGACACAAGAUCCAAGAGAUUUUGCACACAACUAUGUCAUAUGUACAUAAUACUUGUUUAAACAAAGUUUAAUGCAUAUUUUACAAGUUGGUAAGAUUAUAUUUUGAAAGACCUCAUUGCACAAGAAUUUGUUGAGCCACUUACAUUUUUGUUUCAAUGUUGUUCCAACAAUGGCAUUCUAGCAUUUUGUCCAUCCUCAGUAUAUGGGAGAUAAGAUCCAAAACGAAACAUCACUUUUUGUUUGCAUGAUUGUUCUUGGUUCUUGGGUACAAAUGUUUGUAGUCCUUUAACAUGUAACAGGGAGAAAUAGGACUGUUUUACACAAAUAACUUACAUACGUGCUCCAAGACUACCACUAUAGGCUUGCAUUUGAGGCAACAAUAUUCUGAAUUCAUCUGACAGAUACUCGUAGAUAUUUAACAGUAAACCAAUUAACCAUUAAGGAACUAAGGUGUCUAGAAACCAUUUUAAACCAUUCAUGGGAGAAAAUUUCAGGGACAAAAUCCUGUUCAAAGCAGAAGACAAUGUUAUGUUCAUGGCUUGUAACAUUUUUGUACAUUCUUGCAGCAUUGACUUCUUCCUGUACUCUUCCAGUUGUGUUUGAAGUGUUUGCAAUGUGAACAAUGUAACUUUAGAUUGCUGUCCAGGGUUGUUUUCCUGGUUUCCAACCUACAGUGUAUACAAAAAGGUUUCAAGACAAUAAAUCUGUUGUAGCUUUCAUU